AUGGUGGCGAGCGCCCGGGUGCAGAAGCUGGCCCGCCGCUACAAGCUGGCGAUCGCCACCGCGCUGGCCAUCCUGCUCAUCCAGGGCCUGGUGGUGUGGAGCUUCAGCAGCCUGGAGGAGGACGACCACGGCGAGAAAGGACGGCAAAAAAAGGCCAGGCUGCCCGAAAACAGCGAAGGCUCCAAAGAUUCGGACAGCUCAGCUGGUCGCCGGGGGAGCGCGAGCCGGAAGCAUGGGCGAUGGAAGGGCCGCCCGGAAAGCCCUGGAGUGCUGGUGGCCAAGGUGGUGAGAGCCGUCACCGCAAAACACAAACCUGGGCGAAGGCUCCCCGCAGCCCGGGACGACUCGAGCAGGAGGAACCGGACAGAGCUGCGUGGGGAUGCCCAGCUGGCCGUCUUCCAGCACGGCGACACGGGCAGCGUGGAGGGGGCUCCCCAGCCCACCGAGAACAGCUUCGCCCCCAAGUGUGAGAUCACGGGCAAAGACGCCCUCUCGGCGCUAGCGAGAGCCAGCACCAAGCAGUGCCAGCAGGAGAUCGCCAACGUGGUGUGUCUGCACCAGGCAGGGAAUCUGAUGCCCCGCUCUGUGCCCCGGCACUGCCAGCUGUCAGGGAAAGUCAGCCCCGUGAUCCAGUGGGACGAGAGCAAGACGCACCAGGCCUCCGUGAACAAGCCGGUGCGGAUUGCGUACAUGCUGGUUGUUCAUGGGAGGGCCAUCCGCCAGCUGAAGCGGCUCAUCAAGGCUGUGUACCACCAGCAGCACUUCUUCUACAUCCACGUCGACAAGCGCUCCAACUACCUGCACCGCGAGGCCCUGGAGCUGGCCCAGCACUACCCCAACAUCCGGGUCACGCCCUGGCGCAUGGUCACCAUCUGGGGCGGCGCCAGCUUGCUGAAGAUGUACCUGCGCAGCAUGAAGGACCUGCUGGAGAUCACAGACUGGCCCUGGGACUAUUUCAUCAACCUGAGCGCCACUGACUACCCGACCAGGACCAACGAGGAGCUGGUGAUGUUCCUGACCAAAUACCGAGAUAAGAACUUCCUGAAGUCUCACGGCCGAGACAACGCCAGGUUCAUUAAGAAGCAGGGCCUGGAUCGCCUCUUCCACGAGUGCGACUCCCACAUGUGGCGGCUGGGCGAGCGGCAGAUCCCGGAGGGCAUCGUGGUGGACGGCGGCUCGGACUGGUUCGCGCUGACACGGAGCUUUGUGGAGUACGUGGUCUACACGGAGGACCAGCUGGUGUCCCAGCUGCGGCAGUUCUACACCUACACGCUUCUGCCAGCCGAGUCCUUUUUCCACACCAUCCUGGAGAACAGCCAUGCCUGCGAGACUCUCGUCGACAACAACCUCCGGGUGACAAACUGGAACCGCAAGCUGGGCUGUAAGUGCCAAUAUAAACACAUAGUCGACUGGUGUGGGUGCUCCCCAAAUGACUUCAAACCCCAGGACUUCCUGCGGCUACAGCAACUCUCCAGACCCACAUUCUUUGCCAGGAAGUUUGAGUCGACGGUGAACCAGGAAGUUCUGGAGAUCUUGGACUCUCACCUCUAUGGUAACUACCCGCCCAACACGCCAGCCCUCAAGGCCUAUUGGGAGAACGUCUACGACCGUGUGGAUGGGCUGAGCGGGCUCAGUGAUCUCAUCCUGACUGUGUACACAUCCUUCUCCAGGCUAGGGCUGCAGAAAGUGACCUCAUCCCAGAUGCAGAAGGCAGAGAAACUCUGUAGAUUUGAGCCCCAUGGCUUCCCAUCCAGCGUGCAUCUGUAUUUCUACGACGACCGUUUCCAGGGUUACUUGGUGAUGCAGGAGGUGCAGAACUCUGGGACGGGGCAGGUGGAGUCUCUGGAGAUGUGGAUGAUGCCGCGAGGGGCCCUGAAGCUGGCAGGUCACGGAGGACAAACUAACCGACUACAGAACCUGGAGGUGGGCACGGAGUGGGAUCCCAAGGAGAGGAUCUUCCGGAAUUUCGGGGGCCUGAUUGGGCCUUUCGACGAGCCAGUGGCCAUGCAGAGAUGGUCCCGGGGGCCUAACCUCACCGCCACCGUGGUUUGGAUCGACCCCACCUACGUCAUCGCCACGUCCUAUGACAUCACCGUGGACGCGGAAGCGGAGUUCACGCAGUACAAGCCCCCUCUCAACCGGCCCCUGCGCCCCGGGGUCUGGACCGUCCGCCUCCUCCAGUUCUGGGAGCCCCUCGGAGAGAACCAGUUCCUGGUGGUGCCACAGACCUUCAACCACAACCAACCUGUUGGGAAAGAUGACAGCAGCUGGUUACAUGGGGGUCCCCCCCGCAAUGAGUAUAUGGAACAAAGCUUCCAGGGGCUGGGUGGGAUUUUGAACUUGCCGCGCUCGGAUGAGGUGGAGAAGGAGGCCCUGCGGAACGCACAGCUGAUGGGCAAGGCCCUGGAGGACUGGACGGACAGCAGCAUCGGCAGCUUCUGGUCAGUGGCGGAUCUCUGCGUGAGCAGCCCCUCCAGCUGCUCCUCCCUGGACACGUGCAGCAAAACCUCCUGGAGUUCACUUUCCCCAGACCCCAAAUCAGAACUGGGGGCCAUCAAACCUGACGGGCGACUGAGGUAG